AUGAAGACUCAGGGCCAAUCUUCCACCUUGACACCAAAAUUAAUCAUAACUAUCGAUGAUGAUGAAGAUGACGACAAGCCAGAGCUGCACCAUCAUGGCAAAGAGAAGGAAAUGGACGAACCUAGCGUGGAACUCAUCUCAGAUAUCCAAGGACCUCAACAGAUGGGAUCAUCAUCUUCCAAUCAUGUCUAUGAUUACAUACACGGGUACAGGGUGAAGACAGAAUUCGCCCCUCUGCUCAGAGCCAUCUUCGACAAAUAUGGCAACAUCACUAGUGGUGCAGAUGUCAAUUCGACGGACUUUGUCUCCGCCUGCCUGGAACGAAUCUGCCAGAUCUACCAAAGGCUAGAGCAGGCCAAGUUCGUUGAUCUCACGCCUGCAGAGCUUCAAGGCAUGAUCUCUGAACUCCGCCUUUUGGAGAGCCAUAAGCUGAGCGUGGGAUGGAUUCUUGAUAGGGUGGAGUAUAUAGCUCAGACAAAGAACAGUUUCAAAGAUUGCCAGCCUUAUGAGGCUAGAUCUGAUGCAUUGAUCAGGCGAUUAGAGAAGGAUUUGGAAGCGUACGAAAGAGAAGUUUGUUUGCUGCAGCAGAAAAUCUUAUCAACCAAAGCAGAAUUGUUGAUGCACAAGGCCACAUAUAAUCAAACAAAGGUGGUGUUCACAUGA